AUGAAUCAUAAUAUUCAGGAAAACAACAUUAUUCUUAUUUAUCCUGAUUAUCCGAUGAAUUUGAGGACAAUCCAAUUCAUUUCAUUAAAACUAUCACUAUUGUUUCCAUCAACUGAAUGUCGGCAUGGGGAGGUUAGUCCUGAAUUUACCGAUUGCUCAUUCAUAUAUUCGGGAUGGAGAAUUGAUUCUUUCUGUGGUUCUUAUGAUGGAUUGUUAUGCAUAUGUUAUGUUAGAACUGAUGUUGAUUGUAACAAAGAUGAACAGAUUGUUGUUUUGAAUCCAUCGACUACCGAAUUUAAGGAAAUACGCGUUCCAACGAAACUAACCGGGAAGGGGAAAAUAAAGUUGAGGAGUUUAUUUUGGUUUGGGUAUGAUUACAAGAUUGCUGAUUACAAGUUGGUUAGAGUUGUUGGCUUAGACAGUCGCGGUAAGGAGAAUUUUGAGGUUGAGGUCUAUACACUGGGAUUAGAUUCAUGGAGAAAGAUUGAUGAACAUGUAUCUUACAAAUUUGAAAAACAUCAACCUGGGGUUCUUGUUAAUGGUGCUCUUCAUUGGUUUGUCGUUUCCAAUGUGAAACGAGUGAAAGUUCUAGUCUCUUUUGAUAUUUCUAAUGAGAGGUUUGUAGAGUUGCCACUGCCUAAAGAGCGUUUGACAUAUCCAGAAGAACCUUUGGAAGAUGCUAAGUAUCAGAGAAAGGUGGGGGAGCUGGGAGGGUGCAUUUGUUUACUUUUUCAUGUUUUUGGUGUUCGGGUCGAUGUGUGGAUUAUGCAAGAGUAUGGAGUUUGGGAAUCAUGGACUAAAAGCUUCACGAUAAAGAGAGAGACUAUUACUAGAGCACUCUAUUUGAGUCUCAAAUGGAGCUUUCUGAACAAUGAGAUUUUAUUGCAGUGUGAUGACAAGUUAAUCUUAUAUGACCCAAAGAACGGAAGACAUAGGAAACUUGCAGUUUGUCAAAUCGAUACAUGUACAGAUGCAGUUAAGUAUGUACCCAGUCUUGUUCCCCUCAAUUCUGGUAAAUAUCUAGUGCACCUGAGAAAUAAGGGGAAACAAUGGAAAGCGUAA